UGAGCAAAGCCAAACUCAGACCUAAAGUGAAACAUGCGUGGGAAUAAGACAGAGUGAAACCAGGAUCGGCAGCAGAUAAGAGCAGAAACCCGUCAUAUGGAUUUUUCAUUACCACAUCAUCACGUCUGCAGCGAACUUCGUCUCGGCGGAAGCCGAAGUUCGGAGCUGGAGCUGAGUCUUCAGGUGAGACCCACGGAGCCCACGUCACUUCCCCAGGGAGGUCCAAGAGUUUCCAUCUGGGCAGCGGGCUGCCGUGGGAGAAUUUGGGCUCUUUUUCCUGUGUUGGGCAGAUCAGGAGGCUGACCUGCAGCUCGGCUCUGGGUCUGUUUUUUUUUUUUUUUUUUUGUUGUUGUUGUUUUACCGCAGAGUAAAUCUGGCGCUGAGAGGCGGAGAAAGCGCUCGGAGCCAUGCGUGAAAACAGUUUUGCCUGAAGGCUUGGCGAUCAACUGCCAGCAGGAGUUUGAAAAGCAUGCAAGAUGGCCUGAAAUCUGACUUUAAAAAAAAACUUUAAUCAGAAUUGUUUGACUUCUCCUGAAAGUUUUUCUAGUUAUUAUUAUUAUUAUUUUUUUAUUAUUAUUUUUUCGAGCUCGGAGUUUUCUAGGUUUCCUCUCUGCCUGUUUGGGUCGGAGAGGAGAUGAUCGCUCAGGAUGGGACUGUGCCUCGGGACCGAAGACACAGAGGACGAGAAGAGGGCGAAGAUAAACAGCGCCAAGAUAGACAGAGACCUGUACGAAUGCGCAAAGCGGGAGAUGAAUGUGGUUAAAAUCCUCAUUCUGGGAGCAGCAGAGAGUGGGAAAAGCACUUUGGUCAAACAGAUGAAAAUCAUCCACAGCAACGGCUUCACCAAGCAAGAGCUGAGCAGCUUCAAGCCGGCGGUGUUGGAUAACCUCCUGACUUCCAUCAAGUUCGUCCUCCAUGGAAUGGGCGUCCUCCGGAUCAACCUGGCUAACAGCAGGAAUAAGGUCCACGCCCAUUCGGUCCUGUCGUGCGGGCGGUGUUUCGACGAGGAGCAGGUGCUGCUCCCCUUCCUGAGCCACGCCCUGUCCUGCCUGUGGGCCGACCAGGGGGUGAGGGCUGCGGCCGCCCGCGGCUACGAGUACGAGCUGAACGACUCGGCGCUGUAUUUCUUUGAGAACAUGAGCCGCCUCACGUCUGCAGACUACGUGCCCACAGAGACGGACGUCCUCCGAGUGCGGCUGAGGACGACGGGCGUGAUAGAGACCCAGUUUAAAGUCAACCACCUGACUUUCAGGAUGUACGACGUUGGAGGUCAGAGAACCGAACGCAGGAAGUGGAUCAGCUGUUUCGAGGACGUCCGAGCGGUCCUGUUUGUCGUGGCUCUCAGCGGAUACGACAUGACUCUGGUGGAAGACCCCUCAGUGAACCGCCUUCAGGAGAGCAUGAAACUUUUCUCCUCCAUCUGCAACAACGUCUUCUUCCGCAGCACCUCCAUGAUUUUAUUCAUGAACAAGAUAGACCUUUUCCAAGACAAGAUCUUACACACAGGACGGCAUCUGCGCUUAUAUUUGCCCCAGUUUAAAGGUGCGGACUGUGACGUCGAUUCGGCCGCACGCUUCAUCCUCGCCACUUUUGUCUCGCUCAACAACAGCCCCAAGAAGCUCAUCUACCACCACUUCACCACGGCGACCGACACCUCCAACAUCCAGGUCGUCUUUCAGGUGGUCAUGGAGACGAUCAUUAAGGAGAACCUGGAAGCUGUGUCACUCCUGUAGCCGGCGGCGGCGCCACGGACCCCCAUAGACUGAGACCUCAAUGAAGUUUCAUUUAAAAAGACUGAAAUGAACCAAAACAAAGUUCGUCCUCUAUUAAUAUUUAACUUCUCACAACACAAAACCAAGCUCUGAAGCUUUUGGAAAUGCUUCCAAAACACCCGGGCUUUGCUUUUGCGUCUGUGACCGAAGCACAGCAGAGAGGCGCGGUGAGGAUUUACUGUUUGUCCGCUACCUUCCUCCUCGCAGGAUUCACCCAUGCAUACCAUCGUGUGUUUUUCCCCCUCAUCCAUCACCGUGUCUCUGCGCCGUGCGUCACAGCCUCCUAAUGAGGCGCUCAUGGCCGUAUAACUGCUCGCGGGUUUUGUGUUCGCCCGAGAUCCCAGACGCAGCAGGCAUCUUAAUCUGUGCCAUUAACUGUCCCACUGACUUAAUACCAGCCAUGUGGCGGAGCUUAUUAGAAGCAAAACGUGUACAUUAAAAACACCCCAGAGGUCGUCUGACUUGGGUUUAAUUUCCUUUCUUUCCACCUGUGACACAUCCUCUCACAUAAACUCUUGAUUUGUCGUGCAAAACGCUGCCUCCUGCGUGUGUGAGCUGUUCCGGAGUUUGUUUCUGAAGAUUCCCCUGAGCGACCGACGGUGCCAACGUGCUCCGACCUCAGUAAUAAACAAUAUUUGUCCAUGACUGACGGAGGCUUUACUGAAACUUAAAAAAAAAAAAAACACCCAAAAGUGCUUUAUAUGAU